AUAAAUCAAAGUUUAUUCGCGUUCGGAAUAUCGUGACGUGUACGCGUUUAUGGGCUUUAUUGCAUUGUAUUAUAUUAUUUAAAAAUUCAUUGCGAUUGAGAAAAUAUAAAUAGUGAUAAUUAACUACUAAAAAUAAAUAGAUAAGAAGUUCAAGUUCACGGUCACCGAUCUAAUCUUUCGAACGCAACUGUCACUUGUCAACUUUUGUCAGUCGUUCGUUGCAUGAAGUGGUGAUCGUACGUGUUGGCUCCCUUUAGCGAGCGAACAAUUUGCAUGGGAUCUUUAUUCAAUUACAUAUCGUCUUAUUACGUUCGGCGUAGCUCUUGUAUGCGGGAUAUCGUCGUCUGUGGCCGGAUGCCGUGAAUCUUUGCCUGUUUAGAAAAAAAAAACAAUAAUAACCGCGACUCGCGCGCAGUGUUUCGCAUUGUUUUGGUAAAUUAGGUUUUGCAAUUUGCUGUGUUAAAAGAACUUUCCGGAAUUAAAAUGAAGGUUCAAAACAACAAAGAAGAUGGUUCGGACGAGGAGUCCGGCUUUGGAUAUCAGAACACACUCAUGUAUGGUCGCUACCAACGCGACCUCAGUGAAGCAGCCAGGGAAGAAGCGAGAAGACUGCGCAGACUGCGGAAGAAGCGGCGGAAAGACGAUAAGCUAAGGCAGAAGGAGCUAGAAGCAACAGGGAAGCCGAGACCCAGGGGAAAAUUCUUCAAAGUUUUUGGUUACAUAUGGCGGCACACGUUCGCGCGGCUCGGCGAGGACUGGAUCUUCCUCGCUCUCCUGGGCAUCAUCAUGGCCAUCCUCAACUUCGCCAUGGACAGGGGAAUCGCUGUCUGCAACAACGCUCGCAUGUGGAUGUACCAGGACCUGGCGACUUCCACGUUCAGCCAGUACGUGGCGUGGGUCUCGCUGCCUGUAUGUCUGAUACUCUUCGCGGCUGGCUUCGUGCACAUCGUCGCCGCGCAGAGCAUUGGCUCGGGUAUACCUGAAAUGAAGACCAUACUCCGAGGAGUUCACCUGAAGGAAUACUUGACGUUCCGAGCGUUGAUAUCCAAGCUGAUCGGUCUCACGGCCACGUUGGGGUCUGGUCUUCCGCUUGGUAAAGAGGGUCCGUCGGUGCACAUCGCGUCGAUGGUGGCGACGCUGCUGUCCAAGCUGGUGACGACGUUCCAGGGCAUCUACAGCAACGAGUCCCGCACGAGCGAGAUGCUCGCCGCCGCCUGCGCCGUGGGAGUCGCCUCGUGCUUCGCCGCGCCUGUUGGAGGCGUGCUGUUCUCUAUAGAAGUAACGACAACAUACUUUGCAGUAAGGAACUAUUGGCGAGGGUUCUUUGCGGCGUGCUGCAGUGCUAUUAUGUUCCGCCUGCUGUCUGUAUGGUCCGGCGCGUUGCCGACCGUCAAGCCGCUGUUUCCCACCAACCUGCCGCAAGACUUCCCAUUCGAUCCUCAAGAGUUCGCGGUUUUCGUACUGCUCGGUGUGGUGUGUGGACUAUUAGCUGCUUUAUGGGUGUGGCUACAUCGGCAAUAUGUUCUCUUCAUGAGGAACACAAAGACGCUCAGCAACUUCCUACAGAAGAACCGGUUCAUCUACCCUGGUUUCAUGACUCUGGCUGUGAUGUCGAUUCUCUUCCCGCCCGGCAUCGGCAAGUACAUGGCAGCUGACCUUGGGAACGUUGAACAGGUGCUGUCGAUGUUCGCGAACUUCACGUGGUCGGACGAGCUGAGCGCGGAGCAGGCCGCCGUGGUGUCGCACUGGCAGACGCCUGAAGUCGACCACUUCGGAUGCCUCAUCAUAUUCUUCUUCUCUGUCUUCUUCCUGAGCAUGGUGUCGUGCACGCUGCCGGUGCCGGCGGGCAUCUUCGUGCCGGCGUUCAAGAUGGGCGCGUCGCUCGGCCGCUUCACCGGCGAGGUCAUGCACUACUUCUGUCCGCUCGGCGUGGCCUACGGCGGCCACAUACAGAAGAUACUGCCAGGCGGGUACGCGGUGGUGGGCGCGGCCGCGUUCACAGGCGCCGUCACACACACCGUCUCUACCAUCGUCAUCGUCAGCGAGAUGACGGGACAGGUGACACACCUGUUGCCGAUAAUGGCAGCGGUGCUGGCGGCCAACGCCACGGCGGCGCUGCUGCAGCCGUCCUGCUUCGACAGCAUCAUCCUCAUCAAGAAGCUGCCCUACCUCCCCGACCUGCUGUCAUCAGCCAGCCGUAUGUACGACAUUUGCGUGGAAGACUUCAUGGUGCGCGACGUGAAAUACAUCUGGAACAGGAUGACCUUCCAGCAGCUCAAGGACAUACUGAAAGAGAACAAGGCGAUCAAGAGCUUCCCGCUAGUAGACAGUCCUUCAUCAAUGGUGCUGCUGGGGUCCAUACACCGAUGGGAGCUGGUGCGAGUGAUAGAGAAGCAAGUGGGUCGAGAGAGGCGUCUCACAGUGGCCGCCAGGUGGCACCGCGAGGCAGAGGCCAGGAGGAGAGAUCGAAGACCUUCGAGGUUUGAGGUGACACCAGCCCCGGACAUGCUAAGUCUUCAAGUUCCCGGAUCUGGGAUGACCAGGGGCUCGUCCCUCACCACCAAGGACCAGGGCGGAUUGUUACCAGCUCCCGGCCAACUAUUCCGUCCCAAAUCGAUCCUGAAGAAGACGAACUCGUUCACGCUGACGCGGGGGCUGGCGUCCCCCGGCACGGGGCCCCACACCCCCACCACGCCGCAGCCCUCCGUCUACACCACCGUCACCGGCGCUGAGACCAGGAUCCGGGCGGCAUUCGAAGCUAUCUUCAAGCGUUCCUCCCUCCUGCAGGACGUGGAGGGAGGACUCCCGGACCAGCUCAGCUCGGGGCUGCCGCGCAGUCCCUCUAUCAACAAGAAAGUGCAACUGCCCCGCGAGCGUGUGUGCGACAUGUCGCCCGAGGACCAGAAGGCGUGGGAGCAGCUCGAGAUGGCCAAGGAGAUCGACUUCGACCGCAUGCUGCAGAUCGCCAGGAAGCGAGAACUGCACCCUGAGGACUCGGUGUACGAAGACGAGAACCUGUACAUCUGCCACAUCGACCCCGCGCCAUUCCAGCUCGUCGAGAGGACCUCGCUACUCAAGGUCCACUCGCUGUUCUCGACGUUGGGGGUGAGCAGAGCGUACGUCACCGCCAUCGGGCGACUCAUCGGCGUCGUGUCGCUUAAGGAGCUCCGCAAAGCUAUCGAAGACGUGAACAGCGGCGCCCUGACGGUGGCGAACAGGCCCGAACCCCCGACCACGCCGCUACCCACCAUGAUCAAGGUGCAAGCCACCGAGCCAGCGCCGCCGUCCGACAGCGAGACCGCCAAACUCACCACCAACGAGAAACAGUAGCCUAUCACUGGGCAAUAGGGUUCGUUUUUCAAUUGUGAGGUAAUUCAAUUGAGGUUAUUUUGACUCAAUAGCCAAUAUUAUCUGAGAAUGAUAUAUGAAGGCAAGAAAUGCGAAGAACCGAAACUGGCAACUACAGAAAAAUAUUUAUUGAUAAUUAGUUAGACAACAUCAGCUUAUUUGCUCUUCGUGUUCCUAUUCACCCCGUUGAUUUCUAUGGUAACAGAAAUUUAAUUAUGAAAUCUAUAUAAUUUCAAGUUUAUUUUUGAGGUAAAUUAUGUUUGAUUAUUGAAACCCAGCUCUUUCUAUAUAAGGAUGAUGAGGGAAGUCCUACUAUAUUGUAUUACGCAGUGGCAUUUACCAUCAAGUAUAGGACUUGAAUUGACGGCUUGCAAAUGUGGUGGUGACCUGCAAGUCAGUUGUAGGUAGAAUAUGUAACAUGGUAGAUGGUACUCCUAAUUAAGACUACUAGAAGUAGUAAAAAAAAACUAUUUACCUUUUGAACAAUAUGUAUUGUAAUUAAAUUAAAAUCAAUUAGAGGCUAUUCAAGUAUUAAGUAUUAUUAUCUUUUAUUUGAUAAUCCAUUUCGUUGUUUUCUCUAAUGACAAACUACAAAAAGGUUAACGCUCAUAAUUUUUUUGUUAAUAAAUAUUAAUUAAAAAAAUAAAGAAUACGAAAAGACAAUAGAGUUUGCAAAAAAAAAAACACUUCGAAUUGAUAACCUCCUUUUUUUGAAGUCGGUUAAAAAGUGAAACAAAACGUUUACUUAUAACUUAAAUAGCCCCUUAUAAGUUCCUGCCCAUCUUGAACUAACAAAACAGCUGCAAUAAAUAUUCAGUGUUCCAGCUGUUCAUCUACCAAGUAUUAUCAUCUAGCAUAAUAAUGAUAUUUAACGCGAGGCAUUAAGGUUCAAUUAAAAACAAUAAAGCCUUAAUUAAAGGUGGGACCACACUGACGUUAGCUAAGCUAUACGAUACGCGGCGAUGCCGUUUGAUGUAUAUAUUUUAAGUUUAUUCGUUGUUAGUCAAUAUACGUAAACCCAAAGAUGUGGGGGCGUGUCAAAACGCAGUUCAAAACGCCAGUAAAGACGGCAUCUCAUGUUUUAGGUAUAACGUUUAAGUGUCAAAAGACAUCGCAUAUUAAGAGCUAUGCUAUGCUAUACAAAAGCUGGUUAUGAAAAUGCAGAUAAGUGCAUGUCAAACUAUGUUUUUAGGUAAUUAAAUAGACCAAAGGCUAUAGAAAAUACGCAUUGUGUCACCAAUCUUGCAUUUUUAAAUACUUUUUUAUCUUAUUAAUAUAGCUUUGUAUAGCAUAGCGUAGCUUUAAGUAGAAAUUGUCAUAAAACGCACAAGUCACACUUAUUUAUUGUUAGUUAUAUAUUUUGAAUAUUUUUUGUUUAUAUGGUGCUUUCAAAAGAGAUUACUAUUUAUAAAUAAUUUAAUAAUCAUAGUGCUUGCAAUAUGGAAAUAUUUAUUUGAAAAAGCCGCGUAUAUCAAGGUACAUUCAAAAAUCAAUCAUGUGGCUAUAUUUUUAAAACAUAAUUUUUAAUGAACAUAUUGCAAGUACACUUUACAUCGAGCAGUAAUACUCCGAGUACAUUGCUUGUGUAAAAUGAUGUCUUACUGUUUACAAUAAACGAUCGUAAUCGCUUUUUCGAUCUAUCUCAAAAAUGGACCAAUUAGAACAAAGUAUUUUUGACAUGCAUACAAAUUAGUUAUUUUGAUUGGUUUUCGGAAUCGGAUUGAAGAUUAAGGAUUGGGAUCGUUUAUUGAAAACGGCUGUUAGAAGUUUCGAUUCUGCAGAGUUUUACUACACAUAAGUACCAAAAUUUUAGAUAUUUUUGAUACUUGACUAUAAUCCUACUGCUAGGCUCAAAAACAUUGUAGUAACGCUUUGCACCGAUGCCAAAUUAUUGUCACGAAGGCUUGUGAUUUUCAAAAUCAUUCCAAAACUAUUCUAGAUUAUAAGCGAUGUAUUUAAAUGUCCAAGGGUCUCGCCUUGUAUAUUUCGGCAACGGACCCUAAUUUUUGUGCCAUUUGUGGAUAUGCUAUGUGCAUAAAUGGAAUAAGGGUGACAGUCUAUUAGUGUUUUAAUGUAGUUUGGUUCCUAUAUACUCGCUGUUAGGGUCGAAAAUACCCCCUAUUUAUUGUAGAAUUUGGACUUUAAUAAUGCUGGACUAAUACACGAUAGGCCAGUUGGGAAUGGAACGGUUUGCUUAGACAGAUCUGUUCAGUUUCAAAACCCAAAUACAACUGUAAGUUUUCAAAGUUACCUGUGUUUUUUUGUCAAUUAUCGUUCGCUUUACGGUGAAGGAAAACAUUUCAACCUGCAUACCUGAGAAGUUAUCUAUAGGAAUUUUGAGGGUGUGUGAAGUCUGCCAGCACUAUACCAGUGUGGUGGACUAAGGCCUAACCUCUCAGUAGUAGAGGUCCGUGCCCAGCAGUGGGACAGUAUAUAAUGCAGGGCUGGGUAUAAUAAUAUUACUGCUGGUUUAAUAAUUGUGGUAAUUAGUCGGCAUAUUGUUCCCCAAAUCAAUAAGUAUAUGUGUCCUAAUUUGUUUGGUAAAUACUUUUACGGGAUAUAAUUCCUAUUUAUUAUUAGAAAUGAAUACGCUAAAGAAUUUGUGAUAUCGAAAAAAAUA